CGCCCGCACACGCGGCCCAGCGCCGGGCGCUCAGCAUGAGCGAGAACGUGCCCCUGGUGCCCGGCGUGCCCGCGUGCAACGGGAGCACAGCCCCCGAGGAAGGCCCGCCGCUGGCCGACGGCAUCGCCAAUGGCAUCACCAGGGCCAUGGGGACGGCGACCUGUGUGGAGGCAGAAGCACAGCCCGGUACUGUGCUGGCAAAAGGAAAUGUGGAGGAAAGCGCGAACUCGUUGGCAGAGGACAUAGCGCACGGGGACUGUGAUGGAGAGGAGCGAUGUGGAGAAAAGCAAGAGGAGAACACUGCGGCACUGCAGCAGGGAGCGGCUGAGCCCCAGGGUACGACUGAGCUCCAGGACAUGGGAGCCCGCAGCCAGGAGCUGGAGGAAGGGCAGCGGGCGCUGGGCACAGCGGGCAGUCCCUGUGGGGAGGCGGCGGGAACCCCCCUGAGCAGCACCGAGCUGAGAGGGAAUGAUGCCGAGGAAGAAGAAGAAGAGGAGGAAGAGGAGGAGGAGGACACCGAGGAGGACGAGGUGCAGGUGAUAGAGAUGCCGAAGGGGAGCAGCACGGUCACCCAGCAGCAGGAGGGCGGCACGGAGCUGUCCCCCCCCGCCAGCCCCACCUGCAAUGCACCAGCAGAGAGGGCCGGGGAGCAGCUGGGGCUGGGGAAGAAGAACGACAUCUCCAGGCACAGCUACUCCCGGUACAACACCAUCUCCUACCGGAAGAUCAGGAAAGGAAACACCAAACAAAGAAUCGACGAGUUUGAAUCCAUGAUGCACUUAUAAACCGAGGUGGGGAGUCGCUCAAUGGGCCCGAGAGCUCGCGCUGGUUCUGGUUUUGUUUGUCUCCCCAGACAUGGCCUUCGCACAGCACGGAGCCACCCCUGCCUCCUUUUUGUAUGUGAUUUCCUAGCUGCAUUCCCCUUGAGAGCAGGCAGGGGCAUCCAUGGGAUGGGGGGAACGAUCAGUUUGCUGAAGGUGUACGGUCAUUUCACUUCAAGUUUACCUGUUUCUUUUCUCUCCGCUUUUCGUACCUGCAUUCACACAGUGGCGUGCCCCAAGCACACAGCGGUCCCAGCCCAUGCUGCUGGGGUGGUCAGGACCACACAGCCCAACCUCAUUGAGCCCAGCCCAACCCAGCCCCAUGCACCUCUGGGAUCCAUCCGGUGCAGCCUCUGGGCAACAGAGCUGUGUUCUCCAAAUGCUGCCAUUUUGCACUGUGGGUGCAUUUCGUACAUUCCUUCUCAAUUUUCAAACUAAGUUUAGAUGCAAAAUUUUAUUUUUUUUUUUUUUUGAGACAAGGCAGAGUUCAAGGAUAAUUUAUCUCUGCCACCUGAACACAGCCUUUCUCCUUUCUGCUUUCUCCAUUUUAAAACUCCCCUGUAUAACCACAGUGCUACUGAUGUGGUCUCUUUCAGGCUAUUUUACAGAAAGUUUUGUCUUGAGCUGGGACUGAGCUUUGCAGAUGUCAUCCCAGAAAGGAUUGGGGAUGUUCUGGGGAGGGAGGGGCAGUAUGAGCAGGGUUGGGCUGUGACUCCCACCCCAGCGCUCCCCUUCAGCCAUCAUUGCUUUUUUUAAUUCUCAGUUUUACAUUAUUUCCAGCGGCACUGAAUAUUGCUUUGACUUUUUUUGUUGUUCCACAGAAAGGCAAUUAUUUAUUGGCAACGUCAAAAUAAUAAAUGGCAAUUCUGUAUUGUACAAACAAAACACAGUCCUCAUUGUA